UGUACAUCCUGUGGACCUAAAUGGACUGUCAAUUUUCUCCCGGCGAUUGCAUUAAUCAAUAGAGGACAGCUCACUAUGGAUAGCCUACCUGAAUUAAUAAACAGUUCAUUUCAAAUUCAGACAUAUUUUGGACAGAGAUCCAAACCUCUGACACAGCUGGAUGAAAAUACGUAGAGGGCUAUAUGAGAGAUAUAGAGAAGCUAUCAAGCCAUAGUAGGCGCAAACCAGACCAGAGAGAUGACUAUUCAUAUAGAUCUUGAUGCAGAUAGGAGGGAGACGGUAUUGAGGCGUAUGUGUAAACUUUCGGUAGUGGUCUUAAUUGCCGGGCUUGCUUCGUUAUUAGUCGGUAUAAUUGCCGUCGUAUACUCGGGCAGUAAAUUUCCGUACAAUGCAGGAGGUGGUAUAAUUGCCGGUAUCGUGGCCUGUCUGCUCUCAAUUUGUCCUAUGUGUAUGUUACUCCAAUCUAGGCGAUAUAAGAAGUAUAGGAAAAGCUCAUAUGACUGCUGUAUUAUGUCUUUGUGCUUUUGGGGACUGUUUGCCAUGCUGGGUAUAAUAUUUGGACUUGCUGUAAAUGGAAUAGGAGCAUUGCUAGGAUGUCAUCAUCGUUCAAAGGAAACUGGAUGUUGGAAGAAUAAAGAGUCACAGUUUGCACUCGCUAUCUUGACGGUGAUUUUAACAAGCAUCUUAUUGAUUGUAAUAACAGCUAUAUUUGUUAUAUGUUGUUGCAACUGUCGGGUUUUGUCAGAUUUGUCAUCAACGGAUUUUGCUGUCGGCAACGAUCCUGUUGCUGAUAUCCGAGAACAACGUCGAGAACGACGCAUACACCAGCUAUCCAACAUUGAUCAAACUCCAGGGUUUACUGUAUUACCCAGUUUACAUUUUACUGAAAAUAACAGUCACGGUACAGCUCAACAUAGAGCCGAGCCUACCGCACCCCCAUUCGCUUUGGAUUCCACAGACACCAGAUAUAGAUCAGGCGAAUAUGCAGACGAGACAAUUAACUCGGACGUUCACAACUCGGUUGUUCGAGGUUCUGGGUACACACAUAGAUAUGAAGAUCCGCCGCCCUCAUACGAGGAAGUCAUGGAACGUGACCCCAUGGAAACGCCCCUUUAAUUGCAGGAAUGAAAUAGUGACAAUAAAAACAGUCAUUCAUUUUAGUCCCCUAAACAGGAAUUUCUGUACCUUCGUAUGUAAUGAACCGAAAACGAUACACAUGCUGGUGCGAAUAUGACAAACUUGCUGAAACAAAGCUAGCCCGGAUUGAUAUAAAAAAACACUUCUGUUUGCAUUGUCGUCAGAAAGGCAUAUCCGAGGUUUCAGCGGUUAGUUUCGAACUAGAUAUGGUCCAAUUAUUAAGUAAGAGGAAAUGCAUUUCUGAACUUUGAAAAGUACGUGAAAGUGGAAAAACUAAGUUUCGGUUGUUUUAAGUAAAAAUGUAACAUCGACCUUGAAAUUAUUGCAUAAAGUGACUUGCAGAUGCGAAUACAUGCCUUCAAGCAGCGGGAUGGGCGAGAACAUGCUAGUUUCUCAGGGUCUUUAGGAGAACUGCGAAGUUGGAUGCUCAGGACAAUCUAAGCAAUAACGACGAAGCGAACUACUUUCAAAUUUUAAAAUCAUUUCCAAUAAUACUUCAUAGACCUGAUCACCACGAAGCGUAGAUACGCAUGACAAACAUUUAUUCGGUAAUUGACAAAGAUGAGAUGCUCCGAGACGUCUUUUUCCCUCAAGUUUGUUGUGCGAACUACUUCCACAUUUUAAAGGGACUCUAAAUAAAACUUCUUACAUUAUAUUUGGAGUUAAACAUGACAUAUUUUCUGGUGUGGACAAAAAUGGGCGCACCUAAACUUGCUCCCCACCAUAACACUCCGCCCUCAGAACAAUUUCAGUUUCCUCUUGCACGACACACGAUAUUCAUGAAAUGAAGACAUGUGUGACACCGAUACACCUAUUCCCCCUCAAGUUUGUGGUUUCACUUUUGUAUUUAUGGAAAAAUGGGAGAGGGGAGGGGUAAGGUAUCUUGCCAAAAAAAAGUGCCUCCUUUCCUCUUACAAAGCGGUGUUCGAAGAUGUUUAUUACAUUCAGCUUCUAUUUAAGCAGUUUAAAUUGUAUCAACAGUUGCAGUAUUUCGGUCUUUUACAAUUUACACGAUUAAAUAUAUAUGUUUUGUUUUUUGUA